GUACCGUAACAACCAUUCUUCAAAGUUCCGAUCAAGGUCGACAAUUAGAUAGGCCACCAAGACUAUUCGUAAGUACGAAUUUAUUGUUGUUCUAAAAAAAAAUCAAAAAAAAUCAAGGUUGAAAUGAUGAAUGAUAAACAACCAAGUACUUGCCAUGGUCAAUUGAGACAUUCUUAAUCCGGUAGUGUUGAUCCUGUAAGCUAAAACUGCUAAUUGAUCCUUCAACCUCCAAACUUUAAUUCCACUCUCUAAAGAUCCACCCACAUCCUUCCUCAUAUGACUUCGAUGAUAAUUAUAUAGACACUGCCAGUAUGCCUGGCCUCGUUCGCAAACUUCUUAUCUUUGCUGCCAUCGAUGGGCUGAUUUUGCAACCAACAGCGCCAAAAGGUCAACGCCCCGCCCCCGCAACGAAGAUCACAUACAAAGAUAAGCAUAUCGGGUCAGUAUUGAGUGAUUCGCGGGAUGUGGAGGGGUUGCCUGCCAAAAGUUUCGAGGCAUUUGGUAUUGUCGGUCUUUUAACGGUUUCCAAAACCUCCUUCCUGGUAUCGAUUACGAAAAGAGAGCAAGUCGCACAAAUACAAGGGAAACCUAUAUAUGUUAUUACUGAAGUGGCUUUGACCCCAUUGAGUUCCAAGAACGAGGCAGAGAUCUCAAUUGAUAGUACGAAAGCGGGGUUAUUGAAGAGUACUACUGAGGGGCAGCAUGGCUUGGAUGAGAGUGAUAGCGAGGAUGAUGUCGUUAGCGAUGAAGUUGAGGAAGAUACAGCGGUACAAACACACAAAAGAACAAGCAGUGUGGCUGAAGAUGUGAUCUCGAAGAAAGGAGGAUAUGGAAGAUUUGCACAAAAAUGGUUCUCGAAGAAAGGAUGGGCUGUGGACCAGAAGAAGAACCUGGGAAUGAGCGUUGAGCCGUAUUCUACAGUAGAACAAGAUUCCAAGGCCACAGGUGUAAUAGCUACAAUUUCGGAAUCCCCUGAAGGGGAACCUGAUAUCCCAACUCCCGAUAAGGGCAAGGACACUGGGGAGAUUGAAAGUCCUAAAGAUAUUAGCGACAUCGCGGAGAGCAUGCUGCCAAAACUACUACGGACAUCACAGAUAUUGUUUGGGACCUCUAGGAGUUAUUAUUUCUCUUAUGACCACGAUAUCACAAGAAGUUUGGCAAAUAAGAGGAAUACAAACUCUGAAUUACCAUUGCAUAAGGAAGUUGAUCCACUCUUCUUCUGGAAUCGGCAUCUUAUGUUACCAUUUAUUGAUGCUGGCCAGUCUUCUCUUGCCUUGCCUCUUAUGCAGGGCUUUGUAGGACAGCGUGCAUUUUCGAUGGAUAGCAAUCCACCAAACCCUGUUGUAGGUUCAGACACUGGGAAGACUUCCAUGGAGAUGAAUGAUAUUACAACAAGUAGUUCAGAUGAACAAAUUUUCACAGCACGUGCUGGCACAGAGAAGUCAUAUCUAUUGACGUUAAUAUCUAGAAGGUCAAUCAAACGUGCCGGGCUUAGAUAUUUACGUCGGGGCGUGGAUGAGGACGGCAAUACCGCCAAUGGCGUGGAAACAGAGCAAAUCUUGUCGGAUUCUGUUUGGGGUCCUUCGAGUAAGACAUAUUCGUUCGUCCAGAUACGUGGCAGUAUUCCCAUCUUCUUCUCCCAGUCACCUUACUCUUUCAAGCCUGUGCCUCAAGUUCACCACUCUACCGAAACAAAUUAUGAAGCUUUCAAGAAGCAUUUUGAUAAUAUAAGUGAUCGCUACGGGGCCAUUCAAGUGGCUUCCUUGGUGGAGAAACAUGGAAACGAGGCCAUAGUUGGCGGAGAGUACGAGAAAUUGAUGACUCUUCUUAACGUUUCCCGAGCUAGCGAGCUUAAAAAAUCCAUUGGAUUUGAAUGGUUUGAUUUUCAUGCUAUUUGCAAAGGCAUGAAGUUUGAAAAUGUCAGCCUGCUCAUGGAAAUACUGGGCAAGAAGCUUGACUCGUUCUCGAACACUGUAGAAGUCGAUGGGAAACUUGUAUCGAAACAGAAUGGCGUUUUAAGGACCAACUGUAUGGAUUGUCUGGAUCGAACAAAUGUUGUUCAAAGUGCGGUAGCAAAGCGAGCCCUUGAAAUACAGUUAAAGAAUGAGGGACUAGAUAUCACUCUACAAGUCGAUCAAACUCAGCAAUGGUUUAACACUUUGUGGGCCGACAAUGGUGACGCCAUUUCUAAGCAAUAUGCAUCUACAGCAGCAUUGAAGGGAGACUUUACUCGUACCAGAAAGCGGGAUUACAAGGGAGCUAUCACAGAUAUGGGGCUUUCUAUCUCCAGAUUUUACAGCGGUAUUGUGAAUGACUACUUCAGUCAAGCCGCCAUUGAUUUCUUGCUAGGAAAUGUGAGCUAUCUUGUGUUCGAAGAUUUCGAGGCGAAUAUGAUGAGUGGUGAUCCUGGCGUUUCGAUGCAAAAAAUGAGGCAGCAAGCUAUCGACGUUUCUCAGAAACUCGUCGUUGCUGACGAUCGUGAAGAAUUUAUUGGAGGAUGGACAUUUCUCACUCCGCAAGUACCAAAUACUAUCAAAUCGAGCCCUUUUGAGGAAUCCGUUCUCCUAUUGACAGAUGCGGCAUUGUAUAUGUGCCACUUUGAUUGGAAUAUCGAGAAAGUAUCAUCUUUCGUGAGAGUGGACUUAAACCAGGUGACCGGUAUCAAAUUUGGAACAUACAUCACGAGUACUUUGUCACAAGCGCAGGCAGAUGAGAAAAGGAAUGUGGGCUUUGUGAUCACUUAUAAAGCUGGUUCAAACGAUAUUAUUCGUGUGAACACAAGAUCUAUGGCUACGGAAUUUCCUUCUUCGAAACUUUCUCCUGAAGACAAAACAUCCACAUCUACUACCAACUCGGUCGUUGCCCCAAUUGCCGCCGGGUUUGCAAACCUAAUUUCAGGUCUACAGAAUCAAAGUAUAGCGGAACCUAAAGAUGCUGUGAAGGUUCUCGCAUUCAAGGCGCUGCCCUCCAGAUCUGCAGUGUCAGAUGAAGGAGUUAGUGAGGCUGAGCAAGUGAAGAGUGUCUGUGGAGAGAUUAGAAGAAUGGUUGAGAUUGUAAGUAUAAGAGAGGCUGGAGAGGAGAGAAAGGACAUUGUAGAGGAAGGUACUAUCAUUAGUUUGGCCGAGGCCAAGAAAAGCACGGGACUAUUCGAUGUGUUGGGACAUCAGGUGAAGAAACUGGUUUGGGCUUAAUGAAAGUGUAUCGAUGCUCAUGUAAGUAAUGUUGAGAGCAACAGAGACAUUUUUUCUAAAGAUUUACGAAUGGACUUAUUAGCAAUUGGCAGGGAGGUUAGCGAUUGUCCAGAACGGGGCUGUGGAAUAAAAUUCCACAUUGAAACUUCAAUCCCGUCAAUUUCAAUAGAGGUGGAUGUGUAGAUAGACCCGAGUAUGUGGUAUUGGCCAGAAAAGUAAUUUUAAUGAGGACUCUGUACAUAAUGCAAACGAAGAUACUAGAUAUCCAUGAAUUGAAACUUUUUUGAGAAAAGACUCGCUCUGAUACAAACUCC